CCGUUGUAUGUUGAUUGCAUUAUAUAGCGAUUAUCAUUUUUUUGUUGAGUAUAUACUCUAAAUUCUUGUGAUUUAUAGCCAUAUAAGAUUAUUAAGUUUACAUGUUAGUUAUAGUUAUCGCUUAAAUUAAACACUGCCAUAACUAAAUCGUCUUUAAGCCAUGUUUUUUGACGACGAAGAUGAAGCAAUAUACGAUCCUGAGUUAUUUCACAUUGUUCAUGGAGAACUAUUUGAAAUAGGAGCAAAUCUAGAUGUUACACCUUACGGCUUAAGAAGUGUUCCUACACAUACUGAAGAUGGUAUACCUAUUAGGAAGUUAUAUGUAUCAAACUUACCACCUACAACCACAAGAACAGAUUUAUUUGGGGUGUUUGCUCAGUAUGGUUUUAUUAAGAGCUGCUGGUUAAGGAUGGGUGACAGAGGGCCUAACAGAACACCAGUGCCAACUUAUGCUUUUGUCACUUUUAGCAAUCCAGCAGAUGCCCACAAAGCUCUACAAGCCCCUUUACAUGAGAAGACACUAGAUGGUCGUAAUCUCAGAAUAUCUCCAGCUGAUAGUUGGCAUCAGCCAUCCGAGGAUUCAGAUGGCAGAGUACAAUGGAAGCCUAAUAUUCGCAGAGAAGAUCCUAACAGCAGUUGGAGGAGAGAUCAACAAAAUGGUAGUACAGCAGAUCCUACUGUUACUAUUGAAAGUGAGAACAUUGAAACAAUUAGCAACGAAAUAAUUAAUGACGAGACUGAAGAUGACAGACCUUAUAAUAUAUUGGAUAUACUCAACAGAGAUUGUUUGUCACACAUUUUAACUUAUGUUCCUAUUAGAGAUCUUAUCAGAUCCGAAAGAGUUAGUAAAGGAUGGCAAAAUAUGGUUCAAGAAUAUUUCCAGGGUACGCGAACAUUCAAGACGUCGUGGUGGCAGCACGUGCCGGUGACGCUGACGACGGCCGUGCUGCGGCGCCUGCUGCAGCGACUGGGCGCGUCGCUGCUACGUUUGCAUAUCGAUCACCAUUGGUCCGCGCUCAACGACCGCACCGCGCAUACCGUGGGCAAGUUCUGUCCGCUGCUCGAGGAGCUCAAGGUGGUCGGAAUGCACACAAAAAAUUGGAACCCAUUAAUUUAUGGAUGCAAACACCUUAAAAGUCUCUCUUUUGUGUCGUGUAACAAGCUCACAGAUUCGAGUUUGGUCAAUUUAGUCAAAGGUGAUUCAUGCAUUGAAAGUCUGACCGUUGCCAACAAUACACAUGUGACUGGUUUUUUCCUCACAGGGUCCAAUCCUUCGAAACUAUCAUCUUUAGCGUUCUAUAACUGCUAUAGCCUUCAAGGCACCGUUCUCAGUGCCGCUAUAGAAAACCUACCGAGCUUAACGUCUCUCAAAUUAGACGUCUGCCCUGUCACUAUGUGGAAAAUAAUACCUCUAAUAAUAAGCAAACUGCCAAGACUCGAAGAGCUCUCUCUCAGCGAAUACACGUCCGUGGAAAUGGUUCUCAACCCUCCCGGAAAUGAUGCAUUUUGUAAUUCUUUAGCUGGCCUGACCGAUUUGAAGAUUUUGAAUUUGAGCAGAAAUAUUUACAUCACCGACGCAGUUUUGAAAACUGUGGCGCAAUCCUGUCCAAAAUUGGAAUCGCUAAACGUAUCCAGUUGUAAUUCCAGGAAGGGGUUUCCGUAUCCGGGCGUGGGCGACGAGGGCGUGGUGGCGGUGUGCGGCGCGUGCCCGGCGCUGGCGCGGCUGGACGUGUCGUACCUGGUGGCGCUCUCGGACGCGGGGCUGGCGGCCGCCGCCGGCCUGCCGCGCCUCGCCAUGCUCACCGCGCGCGGCAUGCCCGCCCUGUCCGCCGUGCCGCUCUCCGCCGUGCUGCGCGCCUGUCACCUGCUGGAGGAGCUCGAUGCUUGUGGAUGCAAUGGCGUGUCGGAGGAGGUGAUCGCCGUGGCUGCGGAUGUAUUGCGUACUAAUCCACGUCCGCUCGUGCUGCACCUGGCCGCUACCGCCGCCGCUAUCGUCGACCGACUGCAGGCACCCCCCACAAAGAGUUGGAGGGAUUGUGGAACCCAAAGUUUCUUAAAGAGCUUGCAGCAAGAGUACGAUGGUCAUAAGCUGCUGACAAUAAACCUGUAUGAAGAUCGAAGUAAUCCACAAUUGCGGCCCGAUUUCGUGGACCGCAUUUUCGAAGAGAAUUCCGAGGGCUCCUUGGACGACAUACUCUACGAUAACGAUUUCAACAAUUUUCUUGUGUCAGAUGACGAAAUGUUCCUGGGUGAGGGGUUAGACGACGACGAACAUGUUCUUGAAUUUCGUGGGCCCAAUAUAGUACUGCUUUGAAAUUAUAUAACAACUAUAUUAAAAAACUCCAUUAUCUAAUAUAGUUUUAUAGAAAGCUAACAUGGAUUUUGUAUAUUGAGUUUUGUGUAUUCAGUAAAAAUCUUUUAGUUUCAUGUGAUUGUUGAUGUCAUACAUUAUUUUUAGAGGAAUAGUUCUCAGUUAAUUUGUUUAUAAGUCUCUAUAUAUACUCUAUAUAGUGUCUCUCAAAUUCAUUGAAAUAGAUGAUAUAAAAACAGUUUAAAUAGAACCAAUGAUUAUCUAUAAUAUUUUCAAUAUAUAUUUAUCUGUGAUGUUGCAACUUAAAAUAACAAACUGAUUUUUUAGUGUUUAUUGUUACUUUAAUAUACAUAAAAAUAUAAGUAUAAGCAAAGUCUGAAAAAAUGUGAUAGAAUGUAAAUUUUUCAUGUACCUAAUGGUUUGUUUUUCAUAACUGGUAUUACUUUGUACGAUAAAUUGUAAUAAAAAGUAAAAUUGUAUGUACAAAAAACUGACAGAUUGCAUAUAGCCCAUUCAAAAUGUGUUUUAAUGCACAAGUUGUUUUAGUUUAAAGACUGUUUAAAGAUAUUCAUUACCUCUUAGUGGUGUUGCUACAGUUACUUCUGCUAUAGGAUCAAUUAUAGUGAUUGCUAGCUUCAAGCGUCAUAUUUAUGUGCUUGAGAAUAAGAUAAUUACAUCUAUGCAAAGGUAGUUUGGUCGUAAAUAUGACAAUAGGGCUAGGCCAUUGGAGAUCAUGUAAUAAGCACGCUGUGACACAAUAUAUUUAUGUAAGAUGUAUAUAGGAUAUAUUACACACAUUUGUAAAUCUGACAGUUGUUUGUUAUGCAGUUGUUAAAAUGGAUCUUUUUAUAUUCUUUUUUACUAGGUGCAAUAUAAAGUGCAUGAAGUAAAUUAGCAAUUUUUAAAGUUUUUCAUAAUUUUAUAUUACAUUACUGUAUCUUUAUUAUAUUUUUUUCAAUUUUAUGAACUUGAUGCAUUGUAAUCGACAAAGUGGUUUUUAUUUUAUUUUUUUAUCAAGGUAUCAAUUUUUAUUUCAAUAAAUCAGUAACUAUUUAUAUUUUUUAACCAUUUUAAAUAGAGGCCAACCACAUCUAAUUUUGAGGUGAGUUAUAUGGGUUUAUUAUAGCAUUAUGUAGUAACCUUAAAUUAGCAUGAAGCAAGAAUUAUUAGCUUAUGUUUUUAUUGUUUUCAAUCUAUUUAUUUCUUUUCUCAUAUUUUUUUUUUUUUUU